GUAUCAUAAAAAAUGGAAAAUUGCCCAGCUCUUUCAGACUACCUAACGUUCAAAGUUUCAACAAAACUAAUAUAGAUUUUUUUAAUUUAUCUAGAAAAUAAAAUGUUCUGCACUGCUGCUUCUAUGACCCUCUUUUUUCUAAUGUUAUAGUGAAUGGAGUAUAGUUUAUGAUCUGCAUCUGCAUCUUCAUAUUCAAAUGGAAUGUUAUUUAGAUUACCUGAUUGAAACACUUAGUGUUUAAAUUUUAGAUGUGUCUGACACAAAUGAAGAAGAUGUCGCCGAUAAGACUAGAGAAACACGGAGGCGAGGCAAAGGGUUCAGUAUAAAAAAGAAUAUGAAAGGAGAGACACAGUUGCAUGUUGCAUGUAUAUCCGGUAACAAGCUCCUUGUAGAAAGGCUACUUGCUAAAGGUCACCCAGUGAAUAUACGGGACAAUGCCGGCUGGAUGCCGUUACACGAAGCUUGCAUACAUGGCCACGUGGAGAUCGCGAACAUACUGAUCAACAACGGGGCAAAUAUCAAUGAUAGGGGUGGGUCCAACUGUGAUGGUAUAACUCCAUUAUACGACGCUGCAAGCAAUGGUCACUUUGACGUUGUCCAGUUACUGUUAGAGAAAGGUGCGCUGCCAUCGCUCAAAACCGAUUUUGGCGAAACACCCCUAAACGCGUUGCAAAAAUGGCGUGCCAGUAGAAUACUAACAAGAGACGAAGAGAACGAUUAUAAUAAUAUUUGUAAUAAAAUACACAGUUUCAUUGAUAAAACACGUGGAAUAGACCUGAAUAGAUCUAAAUCUAAAACUCCAGUUAAACCUAUUAAAGAUGUUACUCCACCAAGCACUUCGAAAACGACUAGUCGUAUAAAAGAAUUACAUUCACCGGUAUUCAAAAAGAGAAAUAUUAUUGAUGAUGAUGACGACAGCGAUGAGGAAAUAGAUGUAUCGCAAGCAAUUAGAAAUCAAAUAGCUUUCCCUUCUGAUGAAUCAAAUGCUUCUUCAGAUGAUUAUAGAUCUAGUAAAGACAAAAUAUCUGGAGUUAAAGAAUAUAAGAGUGCAAUAUCGGCAUUGAGAAAUAGAAGUUUAAAUGAUACCCCUGAAGUAGAUGUUAAGAAGAAUAAACCAAAAUCAGCGUUGCUCGAUCCCGAUGAAGUUGACGACGAUUGGCUUGAUGACGAUUUAGGCUUAAAUAAGAAUACCAAGAAAAGGAAACUAAAUGAUCCCCUAACAGUAGUUGCAAAGAAACCCUCUUAUGACAGUAUUAAAAAUAACAUUGAAAAUAUAAAUAAAAUCGGUGAACCACUCGUAGACAGCAAUAAGAUUAAUCAGAAACAGAAGAAAUCACUUAUAAGUGACGUGGUUGAUCGGAGCGAUAAUAGUUCGGACUCGGAUAGUUUUCAGAAGAACGAAAAUGUCUGUCCUAAAGUUACAGCAGCUGAGUCAUUUGUCAAUAUCAGUAGAGAACUAAACGAUUCAAGAUCUAAAGAUAGUAGAGACAAUAUGCGAAGACGAUGGAAAAGACAAAGUACAUUGUUAAAAGCUGGUUUUCAAAGGAAAAGGGACGACGAUAUAUCUAGUAAUAGUGGCAGUGAUAAUGAAACUUAUAAGAAAGAAUCGAACCAGAAUAUUCAGAAACAAAAUUCGAAAAAAACAUUCUCUCGAAAUUCAUCGGCCGAAAAUUUCAAUUAUAAUAGCAAUGACGGCUUUAGUGUAGUACGAAAUGUGAGUCCUAAUGUAAUGCAACCAUUAAAUAUUAUACAACCGAUAAGUAUAAUGAAACCGUCUAAAAAUGGUAGAGCUAUACCUACACAGAUAUUGCCUCCUACUGCCGUCAAGGUGCAGGUGGAAGAUAAAACAUUUUUGAUAUCUUUAAACUUGAAUAAUAUAAAUAGACUGACAAUCAGCUGGCUGGUUGAAGAAGUUAAAUCUAGAUAUUACAAAUUGACUGGUGUGAGGCCUGUAUUUAGUUUGAUGACGUCAGACGGCGCCAUCUUGUCCGAAGAUGAUCCUUUGAGCCUGGUGCUUUCAUCGCCGGAACUGAAGACUUCCAUCACCAACUGGAAGGCUUCACCGGCUGAAGAACGGUACUUGGAGUGCUGUGACGCAUUGGGGAUACCGACAUCAGAAGAGAUACAACAAGCGGUUGGCAGAAGUCACACCACGCACCGAUUAGCUUUAGGCACUAGGACAUUAUCAUCAUCUCAAAUACGACCUUUAUUCAGAGCGAUGACCCACCAAACUCACAUCACAGCAAUCAUGAUAUCAGAUAAUAAUAUAGGUGACGAUGGAGUCAAGUAUUUAGCAGAAUGUUUAUGCACAAUGAAACAAAUCACUCAUUUGGAUAUCAGCAAUAAUAAUAUCACCGCUGAAGGCACAAAAUCACUUCUAAAUAUCUUCGAGAAAACGAUACGGCCUGUGUGUCAAGUUUUAGAAGAAUUAGACCUGAGUGCCAAUCCUAUAUCUGAUGAUGGGUUCAGAAACGUAGCUAAAAUGUGUAAUUAUGUGAGAUUGAAAGUGCUGAAGUUGAGUAACUGUAGAUUAACGGAAAAUGCUCUAAAUGAUUCUGUCAAAUUCAAUUUGAAUUUUGAUAGUUUAGAGUCUAUAGACGUCAGUCACAAUGCUGUGAAGCAGGUGUUCGUUAGCUGUUUGAUGACGUCAUUAAACCCGAAUAUUUUUACGGAAUUGGAUUUAGAUGACGUGAGCGUGGAAGGGAAUGUGGUUGGGUGUGUCGCUUCGUUCAUGGACUCUGCGAAAGAGUUGAAAAUGAGGAGGUUCAGUUUGUCCAAUUGUAAAUUGGUGGAUGGACAAUUCAUGAGGAUAUUCAGAUCGCUUGGUCGGGCCAAGAAUUUGCAAUCAAUUACACUGAAACAAAACAUGCUAACAUUCAUAUCACUGAAGAAACUUUUGCAACGACAGCCGCCCGUCCCCCUAAUCAACCUCGAGGGAUGCCAGGACAUUUUCAAGUAUUCCCCAGACUCGGAUUUUCAUGUGUGGCUCCCCGCUGUUAAUUUUGGCAGAUGUAUUCCUGAAAUAAACGUUACGCCCGUCUUCAAUACCGAUGUUGAGAGAGAAAGUUUCAAAGCUUUUUCUAAAACGUGGCUAAGCUGCUUUAACGGUAGAGGUAUGAUUGAACAUUGCGAUGGUGGGGUUAUAAAAUUCACUGCGAGAUGAUAAUAUGUAAAUAAUAUAAUAUAUUAUACUGAACUUAAUAUUUUUAUUGUAUAGAAGUAAGGUAAUCAUUAUUUGUGAGAGAAAUAUUUAUUUGAAUAGAAACUUUUCGAG